CCUGGGGUUUAGAAUGGUGACCCGAUGCAACACAAAGUACAGUUAACGGCGAUAUCGGCUCUUAUGCCUAUGGUAGAAUGGUUAAAGUUGCUCCUGGAUGGCUGAACCUUAAUUUAUUAUUUCACAUAUCGGUUAUCAAUGGAAGAGAAUCAACAUGGCAAGGCCACGGGGUUUGGCAAUCGGCAAAUCUGCAAAUCUGGGAUACCGUCCCUCUGUAUCAGGAUACGAUCAUAAACACCUCACUAUUGUUCAAACUUUGAUUCCGGGUUUGUUUAGAAGCUCUGGUGCUUACUGCAUACUUGCUCAUAUACAAGCACAACAAUUAAAUAACGUCUGGGCUUUGCUGAAACUAUGGAGUUAAGAGACCAUGAUCUAUAUAAACGACUCAGGGGCUCGGUUUUCGAGUAGCCCUGUAGUUUAGGUUGGGUUCAAUACAGGUGUUCCCCUAUUAUUUGUAAUUACCUCCGAAGCCACACAACUACCCUGGUACAGUCUUUCAAAGUUUUGACAUUCCGAAACCACAGUAUCCUCAAAACUAAGUGAGAAGCUCUGAUGCCGUGUCUGGGGUAGGUCCACCACGAUUUUUGUCAUUGGUGUUGUCAGGCAUACCAAGCGCAAUGUUCUUUCUAUUGUUCAACUUUAAAUGGUUGCUAAAAAUAAACAGCAGUAAUGUCCAACAGCGAAGAAUGCAAUUGAGAAAUGAUCCCGUUAUUUCCUUGAGUGUGCCAGUGGUGGGUGUAUUCUGAAAACAACAUGAUCUCUAGAACCAAGAGGUACUACCUUAGGAAGGCACACAUCAUCAAUUCCUUCACCUUUGGAAAUAAAAGCAUAUGAUCCUGUAAAGAAUUUUGUUGCGCUUCCGAGGCUGACUCCAAGGGCCUUUUAAAGGGAGAAUAUCAGUAUCCACUCAGUCAUUCUUAAUAAAAUCGCCAUAAACCCUGUUUGGUGGUAGGGGUUUAAGAGGUUACCCUUGGAGGAAGCAUCAUUUGGAAGGGUUGUUUCACAUGGAACAAAGAUGAAGUGUUGAAGUUGAGCUCGAGAGCCUAACUUUGCAGCUACGUUUUUGGAUUCUUCAUUGGUCUUGUUUUCAGACAAUUGUAGACAUUUAUGAAAUAGUUCUUUGGCAUUUUAAGUAGUAGAUGUUUGACUUGGUUUUUAUUGGGAUGUUAGAUUGUGUUCUGAACCUGUAAUAUGGAUUAGAACCUGGUCAUGUUGUACAGUGUUUUUAGUACUAAACCUAACAGAUACAAUUGACCGUGGUUCUCCUCCAUCAAUCACUUGUUUUUCUUCUAGAAUGUAUACCUUAAGGCUGUGGCAGCUGUUCUUAUAGCGUGUCCCCCUCUU